AUGUCACAUUAUGACGUAGAAGCCCUCCUGGACGCGGCUGCAAAUGCCGACGCCCCCCAGGAUAAGCAGGCCGAGACCAACGGCAACCACGCCAACGGCGACCGCGACCGCGACCACGAUCGCGAACGAGACCGCAGUCGGGACCGGGACCACGACGGAGAGCGAAGCCGGCGCGAUCGUGAGAGAACCCCGAGAGACGGCUCUCGGGAUCGCAAGCGCAAGGAUCGGCGCAGCUACAGCCCCAGGAGCGACGCUGACAGGACGCCCAGGAGCGAUACGGGAAGUCACAGAAGUAGGCGCAGAAGCCGGAGCCGUGACCAUGGAGGCCGACACUCACGUCGUCAUAGAGGAGCAGAUGGAGACUACUAUCGCAACGGACGCGGCGGCCGCUCUCGUUCUCGCUCUCCCAACCGCUACUAUCGCCCUCGAGAUAGCCGUCGUGACCGCGACGAUGACCGAAGCUCUCGCCGCGGUAGGGACGACGAUCGCCGACGCGGCGGAAACACGCCUCGCUCCAGGGAUGCAUCCCCCCCACCUCUGACCGAGGAUGAGCGCGAUCGACGCACCGUCUUCGUGCAGCAGCUUGCUGCUCGUCUGCGCACGCGGGAGCUCAAGGAGUUCUUUGAGAAGGUGGGACCCGUGGCUGAAGCUCAAAUAGUCAAGGACAGGGUCAGCAACCGAUCCAAAGGUGUUGGCUAUGUUGAGUUCAAGACCGAAGAGUCUGUUCAGGCUGCGCUCCAGCUCACCGGCCAGAAGCUCCUAGGUAUUCCCGUCAUUGUCCAGCUCACCGAAGCUGAGAAGAAUCGCCAAGUUCGCAACACGGAGUCGUCCGGUGGCCACCCCAACUCCAUCCCCUUCCACCGCCUGUAUGUUGGUAAUAUCCACUUCAGCAUCACUGAGCAGGAUCUCCAGAAUGUUUUCGAGCCGUUUGGCGAGCUCGAAUUCGUCCAGCUGCAGAAAGACGACUCGGGCCGUAGCCGUGGCUACGGAUUUGUACAGUUCCGAGACGCUGGCCAGGCACGUGAGGCUCUGGAGAAGAUGAACGGCUUUGAUCUUGCUGGUCGUGCCAUUCGGGUUGGACUUGGAAACGAUAAGUUUACCCCCGAAUCAACUGCCAACCUGUUGCAGAGAUUCCAAGGCCAGAACCAACAACAGUACCAGGGCUCUGCUUUCUCUGGUGCGGGUGGACGCGGGCCCCCGUCUUCCAACUUCGACCGUGCCGGAGGCCGAGACAACGAGAAAGGCGGCGGCGCGAGCGCUCUGGACGAUACCGAUGUCGCAGGUGUCAACUUUAACAACUACAGCCGAGACGCCCUGAUGCGAAAGCUUGCAAGAACUGACGAGGCCUCCAAUGGCCAGCCUGAGCGACAGGUCCUCAAGCCCAAGACAGAGGCGAAACCUUUGCCCGUCAAUGUCAACAUGGCUAGUCGCUGUGUAGUACUUCACAAUAUGUUUGAUCCCGCCGAGGAGGAAGGUGAAGACUGGGUGAAAGAACUCGAGGAUGACGUUCGCCAGGAAGCCGAGGAGAAAUAUGGUCAUGUUGUCCAUAUUUCUCUGGAUCCCAACUCGCCGGGAGACAUCUACCUCAAGUUCGACAAGGUUCAAGGCGGUGAGAACGCCAUCAAAGGACUCAAUGGCCGCUACUUCGGUGGCCGGAUGAUCACUGCUGCACCUGUUGUCGACGCAGUCUACAGCAACCGGCACGAGGCUUUGCCUUUGAAUUAUCUCGCUUAUAGGACUUUGUGUUACCAAAUUGCCGCCCAUCACCGAUCUACGCGGCAAGGCGAUGACGGCUAG